UCCGAUGGCCGGCGCCCCAUCCGAUUCUCUCCCUUUGUCGAACAGCCCAGUUUACUGUCGUGGGGCCAGCUGGUCCCAUCCUGGCCAUGGUGGGAGAAAACACCGUGUUGCACUGCCACCUGUCACCUGAGACAAGUGCCAAGGACAUGGAGGUGCGGUGGUCCCGGUCUCAGUUCUCCUCGGCGGUGCUGGUGUACAAGGGCGGGCGGGAGCGGGCGGAGGAGCAGAUGGAGCGGUACCGAGGACGAGCAACCUUUGUGAGUGACGGCAUUAGCAAGGGGAGCGUGGCGCUCAUCAUACACAACGUCACGGCUCACGACGAGGGCACGUACCGCUGUUAUUUCCACCAAGGCAGGUCCUACGACGAGGCCGCCAUGCGCCUCAUGGUGGCAGGCCUGGGCUCCGAGCCCCUUAUUGAAAUCAAGGGCCCCGAGGAUGGGGGCGUCCGGCUGGAGUGCACGUCUGCGGGGUGGUACCCGGAGCCCCGCGCCGUGUGGAGGAGGGGCCCUUACGGUGAGAUCAUGCCCGCCCUGGCGGAGGCUUACACCGCGGACACCGACGGCCUCUUCAGGGUCAGCAUGGCCGUGAUCGUCAGGGACUGCUCUGUGAGGAACGUGUCCUGCUCUGUCAACAACACCCUGCUCGGCCAGGAGAAGGACACUGUAAUUUUUAUUCCAGAGUCCUUUAUUCCCAGCAUAUCUCCCUGGAUGGUGGCCCUGGCUGUCACCCUGCCUGCUCUGCUCCUCCUUGUCACCGGGAGCAUCUGCCUCAUCAGGAAACUCUGCAGGGAAAAAGAGACUAUGUCAACAGAGAAAGAUUUUGAAAAUAAAGAAAAAGAAAUUGCACAGCAACUUCAAGAAGAAUUGCGAUGGAGACAAGGCCUCUUACACGCCGCCGACGUCACCUUGGACGCAGACACCGCGCACCCCGAGCUCUUCCUGUCGCCGGACCGCAGGGCCGUGAGGCGGGGUCCCCGCCGGCAGAGCGUGCCGGACACCGAGGACAGGUUCGACUGCCGGCCGUGCGUCCUGGGCGCGGAGCGAUUCGCCUCGGGGCGGCACUGCUGGGAGGUGGAGGUGGCGCGCGUGAUGGUGUGGGCCGUGGGCGUGUGCAGGGACAGCGCGCCGAGGAAGGGGGAGGCGCUGCUGGUGCCUCGGAAUGGCUUCUGGACCCUGGAGCUGUUCGGGAGCCAGUACCGGGCCCUGUCCUGCCCCGAGCAGACCCUGCCGCUGCGGGGGCGCCUGCGCCGCGUGGGCGUGUUCCUGGACUACGAGGCCGGGGACGUGUCCUUCUACAACGCGGUGGACAGGUCGCACAUCUACUCGUGUCCCCGCUCGCUCUUCUCCGGGCCGCUCAGGCCCUUCUUCAGGCUGGGAUCUGAUGACAGCCCCCUGUUCGUCUGCCCGGCAUUCACGGGCUCCCGGGGACUCGCGGUGCCUGAGGGAGGCCUGGUCCUU